AUGGGUCCCAAAUCAAAGGGCAAUGCCCGUGGAGGAGGACCGAAACCAGGAACCAAGCAGGCAAAAGCUGCUGCCGAAAAGUCUGCACAAACUGCAAGCACGCCGCAGACCGAAGGGGAGGCCAAAAAGCCUACAGUCAAACAGCUUAUUGGGGGCGCAUCAUGGACAGGCAAACUCCCGGUCAAUCUACUCUCGGAGCAUUGUCAGAAGCAGAAAUGGGAGAAACCAGAGUAUAUAAUGAAGCAAUCAGCGCAAGGCUUUGCAUCGUCAGUUAUCUUGAGCAAAGUCGACCCCAAGACUAAAGAGAAAGUCACUCUACCUCCGAUGCAGCUACCUCCCGCCCAAAAAGCUCUCGCAGUACGACCUUCGGCUUUGGAAGCAAAACAUUUCGCGGCGAUAUAUGCUCUCUAUCGAGUUUGCAAUAUGAGAAACAUGUCUUUAAUGCUGCCACCAGAUUAUCGAAAGCUAUGGAAAGACGACUUUCCUAUCAUGAAAAAUGAAGCAGUCGCCGAGGGCAAAGCGUGGAUGUACGAGGCCGAUCCAUUCUUAGCGAAGCAGCAACGCGAGGCCGCUGUUGCUGAUAUGGAAAAGAAGAGAGCAGAGCAGCAGAAAUUGCAGGGGAAAGCCAAAGAAGCCAUCGGAGCUUCGGCCCCAGGUGGCUUUGAAGAGAAGAAGGGUGGGAAAGGCUGGGCGCAAGCACCCAAGGUUGAACUCGGAACCAAGAUACGACGCGAUAUCGAAGAACUCCUACGACAUAAAACUGUAUGGAACCCAUAUGGCGUGAUUAUACCUGAAUCACAGCACAAGGCAAUCAUCGAUGACCUUUCUCAAGUGGGAUUCCGUCGAAGUCAUGUUGAGGAAGCGGUUGCUGAAUGCAAGGAUCGUGAAGAGGUGCUGGAAUGGCUUUUGCUAUAUGUGCCAGAGGAUGAUUUGCCUCGUUGGAGUUUGCCAGAGAACUACACUGCGGGCAUUACUCUAGCAAGCGGGGACCUCGUACGAGAAUCGAAAAUCAAACGCCUUGCUGCAGCUGGUUACCCCUCUGAUCUGUGUACAAUCACUCUUGACAGUGAAGGCGGAAAUGAAGAAUUGGCAGCUGAGAAACUGCAGAUGACCAUAACCCAAGAUAGACCACAAACUACCUCGACCGAGGAUGACGAACAAGAAGACGCCUGGGCAGAAGAAGCUGACACAUUAGAAGCUAUUUUCGGAGAUCGGUACAAGCGAGUUUCCAAGAUAGUAUGUGAGAUCAAAGGAGAUGUCCCCAACAUGCCAAAGUCCGUCACAUUUCGCUUUCAAAAGCCUACAAAGUCAUAUCCAGUCCAUCCACCCGUUAUUUCGGUGCUCUCUGAUGGUCUUCCAGCAUAUAUUCGAUUGAGUGCUGUUCGUCAGGCCAUCUGUUAUGCAACGGAAAACUUCACAGGAACGCAAAUGGUUUUCAGCUUAGUAGAUUGGUUAGAAACCAAUAUUCCUGAGAUAGUGGAAAAUCCGGGUCGGUUGCGGGAUAUAUCUGCUCCAUCCAGCAAGGCUUUAGAAAAACCUAGCACGGCCACACAACUCCCUCUCCGAUCAGCGCGCAGAAAUGCCGGACGCUCCGGAGCGCAGUUGAAGUCGCAAUUAGGCAUUGAAAUACGCAAAAACUGGGAAUCGAAGCAAAAAUUGCCGGCUCAGAUUAAUAUGAACCGGCAACGGCAAUCCCUACCCGCUUGGGCAAUGCAGGAGGCUAUAAUCCAAUGCGUCAAUUCGUAUCAAGUCACAAUCAUAUCCGGAGAGACUGGUAGUGGAAAAAGUACGCAAUCUGUACAAUUCAUCCUCGACGAUUUGUUAAAACGAGAUCUUGGAGACGUGGUAAACAUCGUUUGCACACAGCCAAGGAGGAUUUCAGCUCUCGGUCUUGCGGAUCGCGUCAGUGAUGAGCGAUGUUCCUCUGUCGGAGACGAAGUUGGAUAUAUCAUUCGUGGUGAUUCAAAGGUCAAAUCUGGCAGGACCAAGAUUACAUUCAUGACAACGGGUGUUCUACUUCGCAGGCUCCAAACAGCGCCUGAAUCGAGCGACGAUAUCGCGAAAUCAGUUUCCGACAUUACACAUGUUGUAGUGGAUGAGGUCCACGAGAGAAGCCUUGAUACUGAUUUCCUUCUUGCGCUAUUGCGCGAUAUUCUCAACCGCCGAGACGAUCUCAAGGUCAUUUUGAUGAGUGCUACCUUAGAUGCGGACAUCUUUAUGCAAUAUUUCGGAGGUCCUUCGCGCGUUGGUCGUGUCAAUAUACCAGGACGCACAUUCCCGGUUGAAGACUACUAUGUGGAUGACAUUCUACGUCAGACUGGAUUCAACAGAGGACCGUCUAUGAAUUCAGACUUUGAAGAUGAAAGUCUUACGGAGGAUCAAGUUCUAGGAAAAUCCCUCCGUAAUCUUGGGUUUGGUAUCAACUAUGACUUGAUCGUGUCAACGGUACGACACAUAGACUCCGAAUUAGGAGAUGACCCAGGCGGUAUUCUUAUUUUCCUACCAGGAACCAUGGAAAUCGAUCGAUGCCUUAAUGCUAUCAAAGCAAUUCCGAAUCUCCAUGCUCUACCACUUCAUGCCUCUCUUCUACCCGCGGAUCAAAAACGGGUGUUUAAUCCUGCACCCAAGGGCAAGCGAAAGGUAAUUGCAGCCACCAACGUCGCCGAAACAUCGAUAACCAUCGACGACGUCGUCGCCGUCAUAGACACAGGUCGAGUCAAGGAAACCAGCUUUGAUCCCAAGGACAACGUGGUGAAAUUGCAAGAAGUCUGGGCAUCUCAAGCCGCCUGUAAACAACGCCGUGGACGAGCUGGCCGUGUCAAGGCCGGAAAGUGCUACAAACUUUUCACGCGCAGUGUAGAAUCUAACAUGGCACCUCGACCUGAUCCAGAGAUUCGGCGUGUUCCCUUGGAACAACUCUGUCUUUCUGUUGUGGCUAUGAAUAGUAUUCAGAAUGCGGCUGACUUCCUUGCAAACACCCUUACCCCGCCAGAGACCAUCGCUGUCGAAGGCGCUCUAGGUCUCUUGCAUAGCAUUGGCGCUUUGGACAACCACAAGCUAACAGCUCUCGGUCGACACAUGUCGAUGAUCCCCGCGGACCUGCGGUGCGCGAAGUUGAUGGUCUACGGGUCUAUAUUUGGCUGCUUAGAUGCAUGCGUCACUAUAGCCUCGAUCCUCAUUGCGAGAAGUCCUUUUGUAUCGCCUCGCGACAAGCGUGAAGAAGCCGCCGCCGCCAGAGCAGCAUUCUCACGCGGAGGUGGCGACCUCCUGACUGAUCUUGCUGCAUAUCAGCAAUGGUCCGAGAGAUCCAAGUCGUCUGGAUUCUGGCAAAGCAAUUCAUGGUGCUCUGAAAACUUCCUUUCUCAUCAAACCCUCCGUGAAAUAUCCUCUAACCGUGCACAACUCCUCACGUCUCUGAAGGACGCUGGGAUCCUACCCUUCGAGUACCAACAAGGCACCAGCUCAGCAACACGUUGGGACCGAAACAGCAACAACACACCCCUCCUCCAAGCCUUGAUCGCAGGCUCAUUCAACCCGCAAAUAGCGCAAAUCAGAUUUCCAGACAAGAAAUUCGCAGCUUCCAUGACGGGCACAAUCGAACUAGACCCUGACGCAAGGACAAUCAAAUAUUUCAACCUCGAAAACGGCCGAGUCUUCAUCCAUCCUAGUUCGAUGCUCUUCUCAGUGCAGAAUUUUGCGAAUGCGGCGUAUCUCAGCUAUUUUUCAAAGAUGGAGACGAGUAAGGUUUUUAUUCGUGAAUUGACUCCGUUCAACGUCUAUUCCCUCCUCCUCUUUGCCGGCCCCAUAAUCCUGGAUACCAUGGGUCGUGGCAUAGUUGUAGAUGGCUGGCUUCGUCUGCGAGGCUGGGCACGAAUUGGUGUACUAGUCUCGCGCCUGCGGAUGAUGCUCGAUGAUGUUUUGGCAGCGAAGAUAGAUAAUCCGUCUUCCUCCUCUUCGCUGGAUCGUUCGAGGGAGGAGCUUGAAGCCAAGGUUAUUGAGUUGGUGACCAAGUUGGUGGAGUACAAUGGGUUGGAUCAGUGA